GCGUAAUACGUCUGUCACAAAGGUACACACGUGUUGAAAGAAGCAAUUUAUUUAUUUAACUUGGAUAUUUUUGGAAUAUUACAAAAAUAAACAUUCUGGCAAUAGAAAAAUGGAGGAAACGAGUGAAAGUGAUGAUAAACAAUUGCAAUUCCAUCAAAUGGAGAUAGACGAUAGAAUUUUGAAGGCAAUUGCUUUGCUUGGAUGGAUGACACCAACACUUAUUCAAGAGAAGGCUAUACCUCUAUUACUAGAAGGUAAAGACGUUUUAGUGCGAGCGAAAACUGGUUCAGGCAAAACAGCUGCAUUUGCAAUUCCAGUUAUUCAAAAAAUCUUAAAAAUGAAAAAAGAGACAUCAAUCACUGAACAAUUAAUCACGACAUUAGUUUUGGCCCCCAGUAAGGAACUGUGCCAACAAAUAAAGUUAUCAUUUGAUGAACUCACAAUAAAAUGUCAAAGAGAUGUUCGUUCCAUUGACUUGUCGUCAACUGUUACCGCAAGUACGGUUAAACACAUGUUAGCUGAACGACCUGAUGUUGUAAUAUCAACACCGGCGAAAAUACUGACUCAACUGAAAUUAGGAGUUGUAAAGUUGGACGCUUUGGAAACAAUAGUUAUUGAUGAAGCUGAUCUAGUAUUUUCAUUCGGUUUUGAAAACGACCUUAAGGAAGUUCUCAACUAUUUACCAUCGAUUUAUCAGGCAAUUUUAGCAUCAGCAACACUCAGCGACGAUGUGACCACAUUAAAAAGACUGGUUUUACACAAUCCAGUUAUAUUGAAACUUGAGGAGCCAGAAUUGGCACCAGUCACACAGUUGACACACUAUCGUAUCUUGGCCGAAGAAAGUGACAAAGCAGCGAUUUUAUACUCCCUUCUUAAAUUGGAAUUGAUUCGUGGCAAGAGUAUCAUUUUUGUAAACACCGUAGAUCGAUGCUACAAGCUGAAACUAUUUUUGGAACAAUUUUCUAUAAAAUCUUGUAUCCUUAACUCAGAGCUACCGGCCAAAGUACGAUGUCAUGCUGUUACACAGUUUAAUCGAAAUUUUUACGAUAUAAUUAUUGCGUCAGAUGAACAAGCCUUGAACCAACCAAAAAUUAAACAAGCGAAAGUCGGAAAAAUUGACAAAGAGUCUGGUGUGGCUCGAGGAAUUGAUUUUCAACAUGUAUCGAAUGUGAUCAAUUUUGAUUUUCCUUUAGAUGUUAGUUCAUAUAUCCAUAGAGCUGGUCGCACAGCGAGAGGGAAUAAUAUUGGCACUGUUUUAUCUUUUGCCGAUUUCGAGGAAAAAUCUCUCUUGGACUCUGUAGAACAGCAUCUCAAGACUGGAUACUCAAGUGGAAAUGAUGUUAUAAAAAAUUAUCAAUUUAAAUUGGAAAAGGUUGAUGCAUUCCGAUAUCGUGCUAAUGAUGCCUGGCGGGCCAUCACAAAAGUUGCUAUAAGAGAUGCUCGGGUUAAAGAAAUUAAAAAUGAGAUGAUCAACUGUGAAAAAAUGAAAUGUUUCUUUGAUAACAAUCCACGUGAUUUACAACUUUUGCGGCAUGAUAAACAACUGGGGACGGUGAAAAAGCAAGCACAUUUAGCCGAUGUACCUGAUUACAUUGUACCACCUGAAUUAAAGCGUCUACAGAGAUCAACAGCAAGUAACAGUAAUAAACGAAAGAGAUCUUAUGCGAAUAAUAAAUCGAAGUCAGCAUUUCAACUCAAACAAAACAAUCCGUUGCUAGUUUCGAAGUUUGAUUACGCAAAAAAACGUAGAAAAUAAACGUUUUAAAUUAUGUUUCAUUGAUUUAUUUCUAAGAUUAAAAGAACAUUUGGAAAAAAUA